CGUGGAACCUGAUAGCCCAGACAUACGUGAAUCUGCGGUACACGCAUGCGCCCAAUGUAAAGCAAGUAAAAAAAAGUGCGACAAAGCGCUACCUUCCUGCAACCGAUGUUCUAGACUCAUACUCCGUUGCAUCUAUGAUGAGGGAGCCGGCAUAGCUCCAGCAGAGAUCAUAUCCAAAUUUCAGGCCGUCUUCGAUCGCCUGGACAGACUUGAAGAAAAUGUUUUUGCACCCACCGCGGCCACCAAUGCCUCACCAGCCCCUCGUAUGACCUUAGCUGCUAGACCAAAGGUCCCGGAAGCAGAUAAAUGGCAACUAUCUCCUCAACUACUCCAGCCUUCGUAUCUGGGUAUGAUUGCCGGGGGAAGCGUCUUCAGAAUAUUAGAAGAGAAGGACAUGACGAUGCGGGGGUUAGUUCAUAAGUACUUCGACACAAUACACAAUUAUAUGCCCAUCAUGUCCAAGGUUAAGCUUAACAAGCAAAUCCAGGAGGUUGAGGGUUUAAACUCCAAAAGCGCGUUCAUGGUUUUAAUCUUGGCUAUUCUUCUUCUCAACGAGCAUCCGCCAGCUGACUUCGAUGGUGCACUUGGUUCAUCAGAACUCUACCAAGUUUGCAAGUACCACUUCUCUUUGUUUCUGUCACUCAAAGAGCCUUCCAUUGAACUGAUACAAACUGGACUCUGCAUCACACUAUAUGAAUAUGUACACGGCAUCCCUGAACGUGCCUAUGUCACGAUUGGGACGUGUGCCAGGAUGGUUAGCGUCCUCAGGCUUCAUUCCAAUGCAAAUAGCGCGCCUCAAUCUGCCUUAACAGAAGACUACUUUGACGAAAACGCACAUGUUAUUUCGGCAAUGCAUCUGCUGAACAGGCACAUUUGCCUCAGCUUUACGAUGCUCGGCAAGCAUCUCAACUCUGAAUAUUCACCUAUUAUAGAGGCCCGGGAGCCUCCCAUGACCUCAGUCAUGGGACGGGCAGUGGACGCCCUCAGCCGUGAAGCCGAAGGAUGUCGAAUAUUAUGGCGUCUCCAACAGAUCAUUCAUGAAGACAUUCCAGCAUGUGGGCCUGGAACUUCCUGGCCCACUCAGUUAGAUCGAGUUAUUGCUCUGGAUACCGAAUUGCAGAACAUGAAAUUAGGGUUCCAAGACUACAACGACGACUCCGCUUGGCGAGGCGAUUUUGCAGCAUAUGCUGUAGCCUCCCUUUUCAUGUUAAAUCUUGUCAGCCAACAGGAAGAAAUACUGCCUGUCACCGAAUGCUUCGGACAGCGCCAUAUGGAAAUCCUGACCUCUAUUGAGAUGCUGAUGAAGAUGGUGAACAGUCAACUCAGUGAGGCCGUGACCACUGGGUAUAAUGCUGAUUUCCUGACACCGUUUUCUAUGACUAUACUGGCGCUUGGAGCAAAUGGCCUCGAAUCGAUCUCAUCAAUGGAAAUGGGAGAGGAGUGUAAAUUAAACCAAAAAAGGGUUUUCACAGAUUUGCUGCGCUGCCUUGGCGCGCGAUGGAGACUAGGAAAGGAAUACUUGAAAAUUAUAGACGUUGUAUAACCGCUGUAUGACCACCGCCGUAGGAGGCAGUCAAGUCAGGCAUCCUUAAAUGUGCUGAACAAGAAAUGAUCAGUCAGGCACUCGGCGUUAAAAUAGCAAGGGUUACAGGCAAGAGAACUGCACUAUGUCCGUCGCGGUCCCAUGCCUAACAAGGGUCCUUAGCUAUCGAUGGUUGUUUUAACGGGCUACUCCCUAGUGAUUUCUAUAAUGGCAUACUGCCA